GCGAAAAAUUUCAAACGCAAUGGAUGUACAUCGUUUAAUCGCUGAAAUACAAAAUAGGCCGGCUUUGUGGGAUGUGAGGCAUGGGGAUCAUAAGGCCCGUCAUUGUGUUAACAAAUUAUGGCAAGAAAUUGCAGAGGAAGUAGGGGCAGAUGUUGAUCAAUGCAAACGCAAGUGGAAAAAUUUGCGCGAUGCUUAUCGUGCUGAAGUUAGACGUUCACAGCGUCGUAUUGAAAGAGACAAAUUAAGUGGUGACUAUGAUCCGAAUACAAACUACAAUAGCAAAUGGGCCUACUUUCCCAGCAUGAGUUUCAUCAGUGACAAUAGGCUCAAUAGUUGUUAUAAUAUUGAGCUUGAAAAUAGCAGUUCAAAUUCCAAUGACAAUAAUCACGACGAUAUUGAACAACACCAUUACAAUGACAGCAUGUAUAAUGACAAUUUUCCCAAUGUUUGUAAUAUUAAGCAAGAACCCUCACACAAUGAUAUGGAUCAUAAACAACAUAAUUUGCAUGAUGGAAUACGCCUAGUAGAUGAAGGCGAUGAUGAUACUGCCAAUGAUAUGCUUUUUGAAGAAUUUCAAAAUAUUGCCACUCCUCAAGCGGCUCGACGUUUAUCGGCUACUCUAUCUCUAAAUCAAUCACCCGAACAACAUUUUCCUCAACCGCAAGAGAAUCAUAAGCCUAGCACUUCAACACCUCACAACUGUAAGUGUUCGCAACGCACUGAGGAUCGAGUUCAUUUCUUGGAAGAUCUUGGCAAAGAGGAACAAAAACUUAUGAAAUCCACAAGACAAGAUAUAACUCGUGCCAAUAAACUAGAUCAUGUUGGUGAUUCGGAUUAUAACUUUUUGGCUAGUUUUCUGCCUCAAAUGAAGAAAAUGUCAGAGUUGCAGAAUCUUCAAUUUCGUGCUAAAAUGUGUGAGAUGGUAUUGAAUAUUAUGACACCAACGACAGCUGUUGUGGAGUACCGUAACGCCGGGGCGAUGGAGCCGGAGGGAUCACUUCAAAAUACGGGCAAUAUGCAGCAAGAUUCUAUGAAUACUUAAAUUAUUUUCUAUAAAAUUUAUAUCUUUAAUGUUAAUAUAAUUUCUUUACUAUAUAAUUGA